AUGGAUGACGGCGACUAUCUCUACUUUGAUGCGCUCGUCGAACAGUUCUAUGCGAGUGACGCAAGUGGUAACAAUAACGCUGCGUCGUCCGCUGAUGCUCAACAGCCUCAUCAGGGUCAAGAAAACUUUAGGGUUGAGCAAGAUCAGCAGAGCCAGCAGCAUCAGUCGCCGCCGCCGCAACGCAACCGCCAACUGCAGCUCCAUGGUCACGGGCAAGAUCAGCAUCAUUACCGGCAACAUCUUGAGCAGCAGCAGCACAUAUCUGCAAAUACAAACAUCCAACCCUUUCCAGACCUUUCCGGCCAAAUGAGCAUCGAUGACAUGGAUCCCGAAUCUUUGCAGAGUGUUCUCGCUUUCCCGUACGACCCGGACCUAGACGAGCAAACCUACCAGAGCCUUGGACUUAGCCCUGGCCCUGCGGUCUCAACGAACUCGACUUACACGCCCAUUCCUACCACUGCACCUGCUCCGGCUCUCGCUCCGGCUCCCGUUCCCGCUCCCACUCCGGCCUCCGCUCUUGUGGCUGCUGUCGCCCCUACGGCGCAGCAGACCCCACACUGGGGUAGAAACACUCAACCUCCCGCUUUGGGAUAUGGCUACGGGGCCGGUACGUCCACCCCCACAGCGACAACAGAUUUCAAGCCUCAGUUCAACCAGCUCCACCGGGGUCAAUUGUACUCCUUCAUCAAUUAUACCCUGACACCGACGCACCAGCAGGAGCGUUCUUCCUCUGACUCGACGGUUUUUGUGGGCCAUCAGCAUAACAACAGCGCCUCCAUGGGCAACGCUGCAAAGUCCCCCUCUGUCAAUCCCUUUCAAACCGACGCCCGUACUCCAGCCCGGCAUAUCACUGCGAUACCUGCGCCCGCGUACGGCUCGGAUCCGGUAACUGGCUUGAUGUGGCAUACUGACGAUGCCUUGUCACUGGGAUCUUUCUCUCCUCAAGAGAACGAAAACGUUGACGAAGACCUGUCGGAUGGGCAAAGCGCCGAUGGUGAACACGAUUUGAUGGAGGACAACGAGUCAGAUGCCAGCAACGCCCAGGAUUUGGAGGGAGCCGAAGAAGAUGAGGAUGAUACAGAAGAUGACCAGCAUGGAGACAACGCCGCCAGAUACACUGCUCCAGGAGUGUACGGGAAGUACGGAGGCUUCUUUCGCAAUGCUGAUGAAGCAAGAAGGCACUUAAGCCACGCACAGUGGACUCCUCCUAUUCCUGACAACACGAUUCCUACCACAGACGAUGACAUCAAAAGAUACCAUCGUCGCCUCUGUUUGGCGGUGGUCAACAUGCAAAACAUCCAGGACAGGCCAACAUCACAACACAGGCCCUUCUUCGAAGAGAAGCGGCACACCCAGAUCAACAUCGAAGCCACAUGCUGGAUCCUUCUUCAAGGAAUUCUCGACCUACACCAUCACGGAUAUUCUGGUCCAACCGCUAGGUCCAGCCAACAAGACCGCAACUUAAGCUGCGCGGAGCGGAUCGAAGCUACAGUUAAACUCCUGAAAGAGUGGAAAUCCACCUGCACACUGGUGAUGAAGGAAGCUACGGACCGCAUCGUGGUCGGCCCGAUCAAGUUGUACAAGCAGAACGAGACCAACAAGAGCUCGUCGAGGGACAAGAGCAUCCGGUUGAGACACUCCAGUGGCCACGAAGAUGAUAUCGCUCGGAACAGGCGCUAUGAGAAGAACCUGAAGGACAGGAACCAUCAUCGGUUGCCGUUUAGAGUUGCUAAAGCGGGACUGGAGCCGGGUAGCGGCGGCGGUGAUGGUCACAGUAACAAUGGGGAUGCCGGCCAGGUUGCAGAGGAUCUUCCGAGCGAGAGCUGA